AUGGCAGCGAAAUCCGAUGGCGUGGGGGUCGUCGCCGGUUUCGCCCAGCUGCGCGAGCAGGACGAUGCGGCGGGGACCGGAGAGGACGAGGAGCCCGCGGACAGCGCGGCCAUCCACAUGUGCCACUGCUGCAACUCCUCGUCGUGCUACUGGGGCUGCCGGAGCGCGUGCCUCUCGGCGCGCGGAAGGAGGAGAGGCGCGCGCCCGCGGCCCGGGGAGGAGCGCCUGUGGCUGGACUGCCUGUGGAUCGUGCUGGCGAUGCUGGUCUUCUUCGGCGACGUGGGCACGGACGUGUGGCUGGCCGUCGACUACUACACGCGGAGGGACUACCUGUGGUGCGGGCUCACGCUCUUCUUCGUGCUCGUGCCCUCGGUGCUCGUGCAGAUCCUCAGCUUCAGGUGGUUAGUGCAGGAUUACACGGGCGGCGGGCUCGGGGCAGUGGAGGGGCUCAGCCGGAGAGCUGGGGUACACGGCCGGGACCGCUGCUGCCACAUCGCCGUGUGGGUCUGGCACGCAGCCGUGCACGUUCUUCAGCUGGGGCAAGUGUGGAGGUACAUCCGCACUAUGUACCUGGGUAUUCAGAGCCGGCGUCGGGCAGAACACAGGCGGCGUUUCUAUUGGGCCAUGAUGUUUGAGUAUGCUGACGUCAACAUGCUUCGGCUGCUGGAGACCUUCUUGGAGAGUGCCCCCCAACUGGUGCUACAGCUCUGCAUUAUGAUCCAGAAGAACCGGGCUGAGACACUGCAGUGUGUCUCCUUAUUAGCAUCGCUGCUGUCCUUGUCCUGGGUGUUAGCCUCCUAUCAUAAGCUCCUGAGGGACUCCAGAGAUGACAAGAAGAGCAUGAGCUAUCGAGGUGCACUGAUCCACAUCUUCUGGAGGCUCUUCACUAUUUCUUCACGGGUGCUCUCCUUCGCUCUCUUUGCUUCCAUCUUCCACAUCUACUUUGGCAUUUUCGUGGUGGUGCACUGGUGUGCCAUGGCCUUCUGGAUUGUGCAUGGAGGCACAGAUUUCUGCAUGUCCAAAUGGGAAGAGGUGCUGUUCAACAUGGUGGUGGGCAUUGUCUACAUCUUCUGCUGGUUUAAUGUAAAGGAAGGCAGGACCCGGUACCGCAUGAUGAUCUAUUACUUUGUGGUGCUGGCUGAGAAUACGGUGCUCACCUGCCUGUGGUAUGCAUACAGAGACCCGGCCACUACAGACUCAUAUGCGGUACCGGUGCUUUGUGGAGUCUACCUAAGUUUUGCCUCAGGGGUGGUGUUCAUGGGUAUCUACUAUGGUGUCCUUCACCCCAUGGGUCCCAGGUUGAGAGUACUGGCCAGCUCCUGCUGUGCCGAGCUCCUCUGGGGCCUUCCCUUACCCCCAGAAGCUGAGCCCAUGGCCCCUACCCCUGGUCCUCGAGCGUCACAGCCAACCCCUACCCGGGUCCCCACAGGGGCUUAUGACCAACAAGAUGACUCUGCGGCAGACACCUGCCUGCCGGUGUUUCAGGUGCGCUCCCCUGAGCCCACCACACCGUUGGGCCGCUACCGGCCAGAAGGGCCCCUCAUCAAGAUCGACAUGCCCCGCAAACGGUACCCAGCCUGGGAUGCCCACUUUGUGGACAGGCGUCUGAGAAGGACUAUAAACAUCCUACAGUUUAUCACCCCCACAGCUGUAGGGAUCAGGUACAGGGAUGGACCACUGCUCUACGAGCUCCUGCAGUAUGAGUCCUCCCUGUGACGACGCGCUCUCUCUUCCACCCCUUUCCUUGUCUCUGUCACUCCCUUUUAUCACGCCGUCCAUCUCUCUCUCGUUUUUUUUUUUUCUUUUUUUCAACCUUUCAUGUCUGGCAAAAAGUUUUUUUUUUUUAAAGAUGUAAUCAACCAACAUCAAUGAAUACUUUAGAAAUGUGAAGAACAAAACUUGAUCAA